AGAUCUUUGCUUGAGCAUGACAACUUGAGGAGCAAAGAGGCAGAUCGGAGCAAGAGCGUGCAAGCGCAAGAGCGAACAAAACCCGAAGAUGGCAGAAAUGUUUGCUGGCUUGAUCUACCGUCCUCCUCGCAAGGAGUACAAAGUGGCAGACCUGGGGCCCAAUCGCUACAUUGUCAAGGGGCAGAUGUGUACGAGAGAGGACGUAGACAUCGUUUCAAGGAGGAACCUUGUCUUGCGGGGGAGUUUGUAUCUCCCUGUCGUGAAAGAAACCAUGAAGGUUACAAGCCCAGUCCCUUGUGUUGUCUACCUUCACGGCAACAGCGGGAGUCGCAUUGAUGCUGAUGAUGUUGUGGAUUCUUUCUUAGUGGAGCAGAUGUCAGUCUUCACGGUUGACUUUGGUGGCUGCGGCCUGUCGGAUGGAGACAUAGUGACGUUAGGGUGGAAAGAAUGUGAUGAUUUGAAGAGCGUGUUGGAUUAUUUGUCUUCUAACCGCAACAUCUCUUCGAUCGGGCUGUACGGAAGAAGCAUGGGGGCAGCGACUGCGAUGCUUGUCGCUGCGGAUGAGAGUUACUAUCACCUCAUCAGCGGCAUGGUGCUCGACAGCUGUUACACGUCUGUUAGACAGGUCAUCUCCGAGUUGGCGUACAAAUAUGUCGGGAAGAUUCCUCUGGUGCCUCUAGAGUCGAUGAUCGACGAUGCUGUCGAGAGUCUUCGAGUAGCUGUCCUCUCCAAGUGA